CUGCGCCUAGUUGGAAUGCAGCUGAACGGUACGGCCGGAACCGUCACGAUGGCCGCCGCCUCAGAACCGCCCGAGCCGCCACCAAGGAACCCCGACAAAAUCAACGCGUCCCUCAAGCAGCUGGCGGAAUCGAAAACGCGCUCGCUGGAUACGGUUCCGACCGACAAGACGGCUUCGAGUGCUGCGGCCGGCGCCAGCAAUGGAAGUCGCCCGUUCCGACCGCUCCUCUCGCUGGACAACGCAAAGCCCAGCAAACCGUUCGAGGCGGCCACCGAGCGGGGCACCCCGACGUCUGCGCCGGCCACCAGCUUCGGAGCGGACCCGGGAGCCGGUGGAGCUUCUGACGCCGCCAGCGGCCAACGACAAUCGACCGUGGCCCACUCGUCGUCCGCAUCUUCCUCGUCCGGCGAGGUGGCCGCGAACGGUGUGCCGGUGGCCGGCGAAGGUCCGGUGCCGUCGUCUUCCAGCAGCAGCAGCACACAGGGUCUUGCCAACGCACCAUCCGGCGGGCUUCAGCAGCCGGCCAGCAAGCAAAUCAGUCCGGUCACCGGUACCGGCGACGGUGAUAAUCUCUUCAAGAAUGGCGUCAGCGAUCUCGAGUCGCCCCAAACGACCAAAAUCCGGCUGGAAAACGAGCGGCUGUCGGCGGAGAUUAUGCGACUGAAAAAGUUGCUCGAAAAUUCACCGGACGGGGCCGUGGGAGGAAUUGAGCUGCUGUCCGAUAGCAACAGCUUCGAUGCGCACUCGACCGACGACAGCAGCAGCCGGGUGGAGAAGCUGGAGAACGAGCUGCGAAUAUCGAAGGAGCUAAUUCAAAGUCUAAAGCUCGAACGCAAGAAGCUACGGGCGGACAAGAACGAUCUGCUUUCGCAGGUGAAGCAACUGUGCGCGUCGCUACAGGAGAAGGAACAGGAGCUGCGCAACUUCAUACGCAACUACGAGCAGCGGAUACGCGAGUCGGAGUCGAACUCGGUCAAGCAGAGCACGGACCGGGAACGGGAGCGGUGGUCACUGUUGAAGCACGCCCGGGACGAAGCCGAACGCUCGAUUGCGCUGGCGGCCCAGCUGAAUGCCCGAGAUCUGCAGCUCCAGCGGACCCAGGAGCAGCUGCAGGAAGCGCGCCGUCAGCUGUCCGGCUGCCUGUCCGACCAGGAGAGCCUGGUGUCGGCCGCCCCGCUCACACCGCCCUCGGGGCUGAUGGCGCACAAUCCGGCCCCCAGCAGCAGCACGUCCGGGGCCGGGUACGGGAACAUCAGCGGGACUCCCGGGGACCGCGGUUCGUGUAGCGCCGACUCAGGCGUACGAGACUUCGUUGCAGGGAGUAGCGAUCGGGAGAGUGCGGCCGGUGACCUGAAUCUCAGCGAUGGACCCUGCGAGAACGGACCCUGCAUACAGGUGGACUCGGACUCGGUUUCGCUGGUGUCCAGCCAUCACAACGUCUACCAGUAUGGCACACCGAAGGAGCGAAGUCCCACACUGUCACCCUUGAACGCGGGCGCCUACUCGCGGUCCGUCGAUGGUGCGGCUCUAUCGAGCUCUUACAGGUCUGUCGAGCAGCUGGGAUCGCCGGUGGACAACGAGAACCAAACGUUCGCCCGAAGAUUGCAGCAAUCGGCGGUCCCGACCGCGUCCGGAACGUCGGCCAAGACGCAAGCUUCCGGGCUGGCGGGUCGCACGGGUGGCCGGGGUGGUACCUGGGGCAGCAUAUCACGCGUGUUCGCACGCAGCCGUAAUCGCAACAAGAACGCCCCGAUCGACACGGAAGCCACCGACUUCCAGUGGAGCCCACUGACGGAGGAGGGUUACGCCGAGAAGUUGCGUCUGCUGCGGGAGGCCUCCUCGAUGCCGAUGGAACGCUGGCGGGCGUCCCAGGUGUUGGCCUGGCUGGAGGUGGCCCUCGGGAUGCCCCAGUACAGUGGGCGUUGCGCGGAGAACGUCAAGAGUGGCAAGGUGCUGCUGGAGCUGAGCGAUGCCGAGCUGGAGACUGGGCUCGGGACGAGCCAUCCGAUGCACCGGAAGAAGCUACGGUUGGCCAUCGAGGAGCAACGGCGCCCAGAGCUGGUGCGCUACCCGACCAUCGGGCAGCUGGGUCACACCUGGGUAGCGUCGGAGUGGCUGCCGGACAUUGGACUCCCGCAGUACUCGGAGUCCUUCAUGCACUCGCUGGUCGACGCGCGGAUGUUGGACACCCUGUCGAAGAAGGAGCUCGAGAAGUACCUGGGCGUCACCAGGAAGUUCCACCAGGCCAGCAUAGUGCACGGAAUCCACGUGCUGCGCAUUAUGAAGUACGACCGGCAAGCGAUUGCGAUGCGACGACUCCAGUCGGAAAACGUCGAUACGGACCCGAUCGUGUGGACCAACCAGCGCUUCAUCCGCUGGGCACGCUCGAUUGACUUGGGCGAGUACGCGGACAAUCUGAAAGAUAGCGGCGUGCACGGUGGGCUGGUGGUGCUGGAGCCAUCCUUCUCCGGCGAUACGAUGGCCACGGCCCUUGGGAUACCGCCCUCGAAGAACAUCAUCCGCCGCCACCUGGUGACCGAGUUCGAGUCGCUCAUCCUGCCCGCCAGAGCGACCCUCGGCCAGGGCAUACGGACCGGCGGCGGCACGGUGAUUCCCAUUUCGAGCGGAAUCGGCAUGAUGGCCGCGGCUUCGGUCGGUUCCGAUCGGCGCAAUGCCGGGAGCCUGCGCUUUGCCGCCUGGAAAGGAUCGCAGGGCUCGCUGACCAAAGCGUUCAGGAUGACUUCCGGUUACAAACCACGUGGCAGUAGCGGCAACGGAGGCGGAAGUGGCCCCGGUUCGGAUAAGAACAGCGUCUACAGUUCGACCUCACCAACACCGUCGUUCAGCAGCAGCGAAGGUGGCAUUUACGCGACGGUCGGUUCACUCCAGAGCCACCCGGCCUUCUUUCACCAUCUGCCACCGCCAACAUCGGCCCCUCCGCCGGUGCCGGGCGGACGGACCAGCGAUCCGCUCGGAGUACCUUUGCAACACGCCGGUCCUGUGGCCGGCACCAACAACCGGGUCAGUGCACCGCCGAUGGACAGUGGCCAUGCGACGCUCCCCAAGUAUGCUCAACAUCGGCGCGUGAAGAGCAUCAGUGACAUCGAGAUCCCCGCGGUCGGUCCGAUCGGAUAG